UGCGAGUUCGAUCUUUCGAAUAUUAGAAUCGCUCCUUUUUUAUCAUUUCCUUUUUUUCUCCCACUUUUCUUUAUUUUGGGUCUUUAACGAGCCGAGAAACUUGCAAGUAACGAUUCCAAAAAGUAUGGUGGCCAAUACAACAAACUAUACCGCCAUUCCUCCCACCGAGGACGGUCAUGUCAGUCCUCUCAAGUCUCCGACCAGACCACGUUUGCAUCGUAUUCUGGGAGCUAUUGUUAUUGUGUUGGCUGGCUCGGCUAUUAUUGGGACGAUCAUCGUCCUUGGCACUAAAUCCCAAAAAGAGCCGAAACGUAAUGUGAUUAUGAUGGUCAGUGACGGAUUUGGUCCUGCGUCGGAAACAUUUGCUCGUCAGUUUCAUUGCUGGCGGGAAGAUUUGCCGGUAAAAUCCAUGUUACCUUUGGACGAAGUCCAUGUCGGCCACAGUAGGACCCAAAGUUCAUCGAGUUUGGUCACGGACAGCGCAGCAGGUGCCACCGCUUUUUCAUGUGGUCUAAAAUCUUACAAUGGCGCUAUUGGCGUGGAUCCGGAAGAAACGCCAUGCGGCACUGUUUUGGAAUCGGCCAAACUUCACCGUAAUAUGCUGACGGGACUUGUCGUCACAUCACGUGUAACGCAUGCUACGCCCGGUGCGUUUUCAGCGCAUGUGGCCUGGCGCGACUGGGAGAAUCAGAUUGCCGAACAACAAAUUGGUCACAACCCACUGGGCCGUACGGUGGAUCUCAUGUUUGGCGGAGGCCUUUGCGAGUUCCUAAGCAAUACUACCCAAGGUAGUUGCCGUGCCGAUCAACGCGACCUCCUUGAUGAGGCGCGAACCAAGUUUGGCUGGUCCAUCAGUCGCACACGAGCGGAAUUUGAUACCAUUGCAGAUGAUGCACAGUUACCCCUCAUGGGUUUGUUUGCCCCCAAUCAUAUGGCAUAUGAAAUUGACCGUGUGCCCUCUGAAGAACCAUCGCUCAAGGAAAUGACGCAAAAGGCAUUGGCUAUCCUGAAAAAGGCUUCUGAAAAAGCCGAUACAGGUUUCUUUCUGAUGAUCGAAGGCAGUCGCAUUGAUAUGGCCGCACACACUAAUGACCCUGCUGCUCACAUUCAUGAUAUCUGGGAAUAUCAACAAGUGUUCAAAAUUGUGCGUGAAUUUGUGGAAGCCAAUCCAAAUACCGUUGUCAUUUCGACGAGCGAUCACGAAACCGGCGGUUUUACUGCUGGUCGCCAAGUAGGCGAGGAUUACCCUGAGUACAAAUGGAAUCCUGAGGUCAUUCAUCGGGUGCAGAAUUCGUCUGAACAACUGGCCCAAGUAUGGGCUGAUGCGGUUCAAUCCAAUAUCGCAUCGCAGGAUAUGCUUCGUAAUACGAUUAUUCACGCUGGUUUGGGUAUCGAUGAUCCUACCGACGAAGAAAUGCAGAAAUUAAACGAAUGGAAUCAUCACGGAAAAUCGGUGCUUGAUCUUGCGUACUUGUUUGCCGACAUGGUUUCUCGACGUGCUCUUAUUGGGUGGACAACGCAUGGUCAUACAGCGGUUGACGUCAAUCUUUAUGCUGUGGGUCCUGGCACCGAAAAGCUUCGAGGCAGCCAUGAGAACACGGAAAUUGGCGAUUUUAUUGUGGAGUAUCUUGAUUUGGAUCUCGAUGACAUCACUCGUCGCUUGAAUGACGGCUCAUUUUACCAAGCGGCUGUUCGACCCGACAUGCGGGGUCAAGAUGUCCGACGUGAAGCCGCGCACCAUUACCAUGGAUAAAAUAACAAAAAAAAAGGCUGUAUGAAAUGCCCAUUUUUGAGUUACAACGGCUUGGUUUUGUUUCUAAAAGAGCCAACUAUUUAUUCCAUAUUUUUUCAACGUUCUUUUUUUGCCCUCCUCUUUUUUUUAUUAUGUGUUUUUUGUGUUAUGACUGAUACCAACCAAUAAAAAAGCUCGGAAAGAUGAAAAAAAAUUCAUCUUGGUAAACUGGAUGGUGUUGGCAUCCGGGCAUUCCCAUUCAUCGCGCUUUUUCGGAUUCUGAAAAUCAAUUUAGCAGACCAUGACAUCACACGAACGUAGGGGGUGGCGGCUUUUUUUUUUCGG